AUGACAUCAUCCCCUCGCACCGAGCCCCACCCACUGCACCUCACUGCUCGCGUCAUCUCCCGCAACCGCUCGAACUCUCGCGAGAUGCCAAACCACGUGACGGGGGACAAGAUGGCGGCGCCCAGCGCUGAGGGGCCUGCUCAGUACUGCCUGGUGAGCUGCGUUCCGGCCGCGCUGCGCUCCCCACAGCUCCGCGCCUACUUCAGCCAGUUUCUGGAGGCCGGCGGCUUCCUCUGCUUCCACUACCGGCACCGGCCCGAGCGCGGCGCCCCCGCGGGGCAAGGCCAGCCGCCGCCGCCCACCUGCUGCUGCCUGGUGGCGGUACAGCCCGGCCAGGCCGCUCGCCUGGUGCGCAUGUACUCGGGUCGGCGCUGGCUGGGCCCCCGCGGCGAGGCGCUGCCCGGCCGCUGCCUCAUCCGCAGGGUCCGAGUCGCUCCGGACGCAGACGUGGACACAUUCACCUACAAAACUAAAAAGGAACUUCACAGUAAAACCCAGAGCAAAACUUUCACCCAGACUGAUUUAAAGUGGCUGCCUGAGCUGAACCCUCCUGCAUUCAUGCCCCAAGGCAAUGUAGGAACCCCUUUGAGUGUCUUCCUGGAGCUGAUCAGGGCCUGCAGGCUGCCACCCCGAGUUAUCAAGAAACUGCAGCUGAACUUCCCCAAAACAGGCUCCUCUCGUCGCUAUGGGAAUGUGCCCUUUAAAUAUCAGAACACUGAGACUGUUGCACAAGAGCUGGUCUAUACAGCUGCAGGUGAUGAGAUCACAGAGGAAAGUGAGCCUGUGAUAAGUUCUGGGGUGUCAGAUCAAGCGCAUGAUGAUGAUGACGACAUUGGGGAAAGAUCAGGAAAGGAAGACUCUCACUCAGACGAUGACGAUGACCGGUGCGAGGAGUGGGAGCGGCAUGAAGCACUGCAUGAGGAUGUGACCAAGCAGGAACGUGCAGAGGAGCGGCUCUACGAAGAGGAGAUUGAGCUGAAGUGGGAAAAGGGGGGCUCGGGGCUGGUCUUCUACACUGAUGCCCAGUACUGGCAGGAAGAGAGAGGAGACUUUGAUGAGCAGACGGCAGAUGACUGGGACGUGGACAUGAGCAUCUACUAUGACCAAGAUGGAGGUGAUAAAGAUGCUCAGGACUUGAUGCGGAUGCGGCUUGAGCAGAGGCUGCGGGACGGCUUGGAGGAUGAGUCAAUUGCAGGGCAACGGAUUGGGACCUUUGAGAAGUAUACCAAGGGGAUUGGCCGGAAGGUGCUAGAGAGGCAGGGCUGGAUGGAGGGCCAGGGCCUGGGCAGCAGCACCUUGGGAAUGGCAGAAGCGCUGGACAACGAGGGUCAGAAUCCCAGGUGCAAGAGAGGACUGGGGUACCAUGGGGAGAAACUGCAGACUUUCAGUAAGGCAAAGAAACCUCGGCCAGACGGCCACAUCCUCAUCUCAACGGUGUAUGAUGAGCCACAGCCCCAGGACACCUGGGGCGAGCUAUUCAGAUGCCAGCCACCCACUGCCAUGAAGUACAGACAGGAUAUGGUGUUUGUCCGAGAGAUGCACAGUGCUCAGAAGAGCCCUGGUGCCUCCUGAGAGCAACCACAGAAUAGAGACUUUGAGACUCCAUCUCUGUAGCAAUAACAACCUUUUGUACCUCGACACCAGCUUCUGCCUGGUCUGAACCAAAGAAAACUACUAGACUUUUAACAGAAGUGUGUGUCUGUGUGUGUGUG